CUAAUCUCUAAUUCUCCUCUGUGAGCUGGACUGUCAUGCCCCAAUCCAAAAAACACAGCACAGUCUGGAAACCAGCCUGCUGCUCUGUGAUACUCAUGUCAGUCCAAAAAAAAACCCCACUUCUUAUAAAGUUAACUCAGCUAAACCUCUAUCUGUAACUGCUUGUGAAAUAUUUGGUCAAGGGGAUUGUUGCUGUGAAUACAAGUGAUCUCCUCUAUGUUGUGGUUUCUUGCAGCAUCAGAGUGUUGAAAUGUGGGUCAUGCAUCGCAGGUUUAGAUAGUGUGUAGACCCAUCUGCCCUUUUCCUUUGUGAUUCAGACAGAUGAAUGGUUUAGACCAUACAUGGAUCACACUAAUAAUUAGGGAUGGAGAUUGACAAUAUUUUAAUGACAUCAGUGCCAUUAUCCUUUCUGCUUAUUAGUCCGAUUCUUUUUUGAUUCCAUGACUGAUUCCUGGUCAGUUUUCUGUAUGGUUUUUCAGCAUCAAUCAAACUAUAUUAUUAUUAUUCAUUAUCUAAAAUAGAUUAAAUUAGAAUAUUAUAUGCGAUAUUUGAUAAGGGAUAUUCUACUCCGGUGGGAAGAAGUGGCACUCGAGCGUACAGAGUCAAACACUUGGCACCCCUGGUAUUUAAAUCGAUGUUGCCUAAAAAGAUGUUUCAGCAUAUUGCUGGUGUUUCUGUCCUUACAUGAUAUGAUUGUUGUAGAGAUUCACUGUUUACAUCAUUGUUUGUGAAACAAAACCACGCUUUGGAGAGGUUCUUCUUCUCCACUGUGACACCUUCUUGUUGCAAAAUUCCUGCAGUGUAGACACAUCAGUUUGACGUCAUUGUUUCACAAUGCAGUUCUCGAUUCCCAUCCAUAUGUAUGAUUUCAUAUUAUUUCAGUGGGUUACUACUCAGCACAAAAAAACUUUGAUAAUAUUUGGUUGUUUUGACAGUUUUUUUCCCUUGUUUUGAGAAUUGGGAAGCUUUGAGUGGCUGUAAUCACCUUGUUGACCAUUUUUACUUCCAAGGUGGAGCUAUUGUUCGCAGAAGAAAAUCCAGAAGUCCAGAAAUGAGACACAUUAUGUACAAUUAUAUUUGUGGCCAGUUUUUGUCGUUGAUAAGCUUGUUUAGAUGGACCACAGAGGUUUUGUUGCAUGUGUCAUGACCGGACGGUAUUUCAUUUAAAUAGAUCUUCUACCAGUCAUUGGAAAAAGUUACACAUUUCACUAAAAUGUGCAGUUUAAUUUAAUCAGUUGUUUUGCUGACAUUAAACAAUUCACAAGAGCAAAACAAAAUGAGUGUACAGUGCACACACAACAGAGGGCAUACAGGUUUGCACCAUAUUUAAAGAAUCAUCUCUGGUUAAGAGAAAUCUGAGCUCAUGCCUCUGUCAGGAAAAUGUCAAGAGACACUGAAGCUGCUGCGUCACAUUUCUUUGCUUUUCCAUUGACCCUUCACAUUUUCAUUGUGCAUUGUCUUGAUACAUAGUGGUGUCCAAAUACAAAACUAUCUGCCGAGAAGUGAGGGCUUGGCCGCUUUCCCAAUUGGCAAAUAAUAAAAGAAAAAAGCAUGAACUGUUAAGGGCAGUGGAACGACAGUAAAGUGGAUGUGAUCGGCCAUUACAAAGCACAAGAAGAGGUAGAGAGAUGAAGAAGCUUCACACAUGUGGGCGUACAGACAUGCAUACUGGAGCUGCAGUGGCAAGUCGACUAAGCGAUUAGUCGAUCGACAAGAAAACGAUCGCCAGCUAUCUUGAGAACUAGACUGAAAAAACAAGACAUUUCAAGACAUAAUCUUGGACUUUGAGAAUUGGGAUGGAUAUUUUUCACUACUUUCUGACAUUUUACAGACCAAACGAUUAAUCAGUUGAGAAAAUAAUUGUCAGAUUCAUCGAUAAUGAAAAUAAUCCUUAGUUGCAGUCCUAAUGCAUACAUGUUUUCCUUUCUCUUGCUGGUUAUCUGAUGAUGCAAAACACAAAAGCAUUGAAUUUAGGCCGAACUAAUUAACAAUGAACAGAUAAUGUUAUAAAACAUGGCAUUUAUAUGGAUUUUUAUCCCAAACACUCUAAAUCAAAUUAAAUAAAUUCGAUUUAGAGUGUGCCUCACUGUAGCUGUUUUGCUCUGCUCCUCAUUGAAGCACCAAGACAUUACAGUGAGUUAUAGUAAAUACAUGGACGUCAGUGCUCCAUUACAGCCACUUGCAGCGCUCUGACCUGCUGCAAAAUGUGUCAAUAAGUGGAGGAAGCUGAGGUUUAUUUUACUUAACAUGAAACUAUGAGUUCAAUUGAAAUGUCAAUAACGUCAUUAUUUCUUUUUUUUCUAAGAUAUUUUUUUUUAUAACCAGACUUGACCUCAUUUUUAAUUGCAGUGUUUAGCAGUGUUCUUGUUCACUGUUUUUGCUGUUUUAAAACAUAGUGCAGAGGGUAUAAUAGAGAGUAAACACUCAUAACCCACCUUUCAACAUCUGUAUUGGACAUUCACCAGUAUUUGAUCAUAUAUUUGGGUUGCUAUUGUAUGUUUUUGGUUUGUUAUCAUCUAUGUCGUUGUGUUUUUGAUAUUUGCUCAAAAUUGACAAUACCUCCGUAUAUUUUAUGUGCCUUUUUUCUUUCCGACUGUCUGUUUCACAAACUAAUGAGUCACCAAAUAAUCCAGAAUGUCAACAGCAGUCUAACUCCUUAUUACCACCUGCAGCUUAACCAGUCCUUCUCCCCACUCUUCAUCUAGUUCAUUGUAACUAUUUGAAUGCUUUUGAAAUUACAGAGGAUGUCAGCAUGCUGGAGCAACAUUUUUUUGACAAACAAAUUACCCUGUGUUAAUGAUAAUAAAAAAAAAAAAAAUCUGAAUUUUUUUUUACUGUUCAGCUCUUAUUGCUCAUUCGCUGUCUCAUUUUUAUAUUCCAGGAAGUUCCCUCUGAAGCAGGGAGUGUCUGCAUAUAAAAUGGUCUGCAGUUCUCUGCUUCAUAGAUGCCAUGUCCUCCUCUAUGACCAUGGAAGGCCCCCGCAGUGCUUUUUCCACCUCUUCCAGCUCCACCAUGCAUUCCAGUGCUUCAGCCAAUGACCAGAACGCAGUUCACAGCAGCAAUGUCGACCCAGAGGACACCAGGAGCAGCAGAACGGUUCCAGAGGUUGUCGGAGCAGAAGGUGGGAAUGGUAACAGCAGGGGCAGCAGUGAGCUGGGAGGAGGAAGAGAGAUGACCCCAUCGAAGCGCCGCACCGUACUGAACAUCUCUCCACCUCCACAAGACCUGUUUGAUGACAGCCUGAUGUCCUGCCAGGAUGAAACAUCCCGGGACUCAGAGCAGAGUAACAGCAUCUGGAUGGAGGACUCUCUCUCCAACUUCAGUAUCAUGAGCACUGUCUCUUAUAAUGACAACACAGAGGUGCCACGAAAGUCACGCAAACGUACCCCUCGGCAGAGGCCUGGACCGAAGUCUGUGCGUGCAGGGGAAGCCAGCAUGGACGUGUUCGAUGCAGACAGUGCCAAAGGUCCACACUUUGUACUGUCACAGCUCGGCCCUGACAGCAAGACUGGAUCAAAAGGAAGUUCUGAUGAUGCUCAGACAACUCACCACAAAGGAGGAACGCUUUCGAUGCAGUACCCACAGAAGAGUGAGGGGAAGGAGUUGAAGAUCCUCGUCCAGCCAGAGACUCAGCACCGAGCACGCUAUCUGACUGAAGGCAGCAGAGGGUCAGUGAAGGACCGCACGCAACAGAGCUUCCCAACUGUGAAGCUGGAGGGAGUGAAUGAGCCAGUGGUUUUGCAGGUGUUUGUGGGCAACGACACCGGGCGUGUUAAGCCUCAUGGUUUUUAUCAAGCUUGCAGGGUGACUGGCCGCAACACCACAGCCUGCAAAGAGGUGGACAUCGAUGGCACGACUGUCAUCGAGGUGUCUCUCGAUCCGAGCACCAGCAUGACACUAGCGGUGGACUGUGUCGGGAUCUUGAAGCUCCGUAAUGCUGAUGUCGAGGCUCGCAUUGGUGUGGCCGGGUCGAAGAAGAAGAGCACACGCGCUAGGCUGGUGUUUCGGGUCAACAUCCCACGUCCAGAUGGAUCAGUGCUCACACUACAGACCCCCUCUUCUCCAAUCCUUUGUACUCAGCCCGCAGGAGUGCCCGAAAUCCUGAAAAAGUCACUUCACACUUGUUCAGUGGCCGGCGGAGAAGAGGUCUUUAUCAUUGGCAAGAACUUUCUUAAAGACACCAAAGUCAUAUUUCAGGAAAAUGUUUCUGAUGAGAAAUCAUGGAAGGCAGAGGCUGAAAUCGACAUGGAGCUGUUUCACCAGAAUCACCUGAUAGUGAAAGUUCCUCCGUACCAGAACCAAGCCAUCACUUCUCCAGUGUGUGUGGGAAUCUACGUGGUGACGAAUGCUGGGCGAUCCCAUGAUAUUCAGCCUUUUACCUACACUCCAGAGACAGUGAAAAAUGAUGUUCCUGUGAAGAAAGAGGCACCUUCUCCAGUGAAGACGUGUUCAUUUGAGGAACAAAUUAAAGAUGGUGCCUUGAUGCCUUCGAUGCUGCCUUUAGUGAAGCGAGAAGACGUCACUCCGAUGGAGGUCACCAGCAACCUUCAAUCCUCUGGUGUUUUUAAGACUGGUGACCUGUGUCCAGCCCAGCAGAACCCAGACAUGACUGCAGGCCAUCUAAAUAAAAACAGACCAUUCUCAAACAACCUCUCUCAGCCUGCAGGCGACCCUGACAAAGGCCAGGCUGCUGUUUUUCCCAACGCAGAGCCCUUAAGCACUAUCCAGAAGCAGGACAUUGCAGCCACCAGCUCCUUCUCUGUGCCUGCUGACUCUCUGCUCCAGCAGGGAUCACAGCAGUUCCUCCUGGAACCCAGAGAGGGCCUCGGGCAGGAGAGGCCCGGCAGUGGCUCUGGAGCUGUGGGGAGGCUAUGUGGGGAACCUGCGCCUCAACAGCAGCAACUGCCACUGUUUCCCCCGGAUGAAGUAGCCCAGCUGGAGGAGGCAGUGAGGCAACUUAAAGCCAAAGGGUUCUGCAACUUACCGCUUCAGUCGGACAACUCAAUGGCCAAACAGCAGCAGCAGCACAUCCAGCACCAACAGCAGAUCCAAAAACAGCAAAUUCAGCAGCAGCAGCAGCAGCAAAUCCAGCAACAACAGCUUCAACAGCAGCAACAGCAGCACGUUUUGGAAAAUUUACAGCAGCAGCUGUUUCAGUCACAGAUUCAGAUGCAGUGUGGCAUGUUUCAGGACGCCCCUCAGGCCAAGAGCGCAGAGCAGCAGGGCUCAUCACAGGGAGUGGUGCCAAACCAGGGGACUCUUUUCCAACAGGCCCAACAGCAGCAACAGCAGCAGCAACAGCAACAGCAGCAACAAGCAGCUCUCUUUCAACAGGCGAGUGAUCUGCUCUCUAUUCAGACCAACUUCCUCCAGCAGACACCCUCACACCCUUCACCACCCAUGUUUCACAAUCCCAGUCCUUUGGCAGAACCACAAGAUUCACAGGGAGGGUUGUUUCAGAAAGCCUCUCAGGAGGUCCAGGCCGCUCUCUUCCAAAACUCCAUGACAGUACUACAGUCCCCAGACCAGCGGCCGUCGACCCCUGGACUUUUCCUCCCUCAGACAUCCCUUCCCUCUCAGCUCACAACCAGUAGUGCUCAACAACAGCAGCAACAACAACAGCAGCAGCAGCAGCUGGCCUUCCUCAGCGCUCUACAAACACCUGCCCCUGAACCGCAAUCAGUAUUUCAGGCUCAGACCCAGCUCUCCCCCAUCCAGCAGAGAAACACCAUGGAGCAGCAGCAGCCCGCCCAGGCCCAGCCCCACGCACAGCCUGCCCAGCAGGCAUCCCUGUUUCAGAACAUCUCCCCUAACACAAUCUCACCAGGCCAGCAGCAGCAACAGCAGGCUGGCCUACUGUUCUGCAACAACCCCCUGUCCACUCCUGAUCAGGCCUCCAGUCUCAUGUUUAGCGGCCAGGGCCAGAUGCCACCGCUGACAAGCAGCAGUCUAGUUUCCCAAGAGCCCCAGAAUCCCUCUCUGCUCUUUUCCCAAGCCAGCAUGGUGACAGUAAACCAGCAGGAUCGCUCUGAGCCCAUGGCCUUAGGGAACCCCACCGAUCCACGUCAGCAAGUCAUGUUUCAGGAGCAGCAGCCGAUGCAGCUGGGCGGCAGCUCAAACAACCGGCAGGAGCAGCCUGUGGGCCUCUACAUGCCUCAGUCUAACAUGGCCUCUCUGCAGGGCGGGCUGGCCGCUCAGGAGCUCGCACAGUCAGCCAUGUUUGCCUCGCAGAACGGUGUGGCAAACCUCCAGACAACCACCUCCUCGCCUGUUCAGCAGCCAGGGACUUUGUUUCAGACCGCUGUCAGUGGGAGCAUCAGUCAGCCCAGCCAGCCUCAACAACCUGGCCUCUUCCUUUUUGGGAUUCAGAACGAAUGUGGCCAGCUGAUGAACACUCCUGGAAACACACUGUCGGAUCAGAUCAUAGCCAUCAGCCAGUCUGGUCAGAACCAAAGAGAGAGUGAAGCGCACAUCCAGUCCCUGCUCAGCCAGUCCCUGUCUCAGUCUGGGCCUGUGCAGAACAGCAUGACUGCCUCUCAGAACAUGGAGAAGAUUGACGACCUGCUGGUCAGCCUGCAGGAGUCGGGCAGCAACUUAACUCGUUCAUACUAACCUUCGUACAGAUUCGUCUUUUAUUUUGAUACAUGGAAUAAUUAUAGAAAUGUAGGCACAAUACUGUCUGCUGAUGAGCACAUGCAGUCAAAGAUGUGUGAAUUAGCCCUGCAUCAUGAAGUUUGAGACAAACUGAACAGUAUGUUCUUACAUCUGAUCACCGAAUAUUUCUUUGCCCUCUUAUGCCAUGAUUUGGUUUACGUCAGGACUGAGGACUGGCAUGAAUGAUAUUUGUUGUCUCAUCAUUAACUAGACAAAUUAAUAUCCAGACAGUGAACUAGGAGUUCAGUUUGGGAUUUCUUGUCUGAGUGAGCUGGCUGAAAAAAAGUCAAUAUCUGGUUUUGACUUUACGACUGACUGACACCCAACGUAACAGACAGGCGGAAUUAGAUGAACUCCCGGCGAGAACAGACACAUUGUCAUUACUGUUCAGUGAGAAAAGCAGCAUUCGGCGCUUUUUUCUUCAACCUUUCCUCUGAAAGUUCAGUAACUUAGUGAUGUUGUUGUUCAUUUAACUUGUGAAGUGUUGUGUGUAUCUGUAGAUAGACUGUCAGUGAUGUUAUCUGCAGCGUCUUUUGGUGCUCGUGAUGUUUCCUAAAGUGUUCUCCAAAGCGUUUAGUGGUUUCCAUGAAUAGUAUUCCCUUUAAUUAUUCUUUUGUAUUGUUGUUUAGAUGGAAGGUGGAGUGCGCGGCAGAGCAGGAAGGUUUAGACAGACCGUGGUACGUAUGGUUGAAUACAUCCAAGAUGUGGAAGGUAGCCACUGUUGGUUUGAAAUGAUUUUCACCCAGCAGUGCAGAAAAUGUGUUGAUAGAAGGUUUGAGGGGGAGGAGAUGAGGUAGAAAAAUGAAAGGUAGAGGAAAAGUAGAAAGGUUUCCUACACUAAUCUGAUGUGUAGUCUCACGCAAGUGUCUAAUAUGUGGGUACUGAUUAUUUCAAUGUUGUAGCAGCUAGCUUGUACCUGAUAAUGUAAAUGUAUUCACUCUAGCUGUCUUGAUAGCCCACAGAUUGACUUAGGUUUUCAUUAAUGAUAUGACGUAGAAAGGAACAGUGCUCAGUAGGUGUAUAACUAAAGUAAUGUGGCAUUUUGUUGCUGUCUACAAGUGGCCUGGCUGAAUUAGAUCUAGUCUUGUCAAGACCUGUUUGGUGUGGUAAUAUGGAGCUAGAACAGUGACAGUAAAUUUUAGCAUUGAAAAGAAAAAACAUAAAUUACGAUUAAGUAAUUUCUCCUGCUGUUCACAAUUUAAGAACUUUGUAGAACAUUUUGGGAGAGAUUAAAGGCGCAUUCACACCAGGAUAGUCCGGGGGACUCGGUUCAAUUGGGCGGGGAAUGCUGAAAAAUGUCAGACCUUCAUUUGGUUCGGUUCACUUUCACACUGGACUUUUUAAAGCGAACCAAACCACCUGGACAACAUCACGCAGUUACAGCAGCUGCUCGUUUGGGGGCGGUAUUGCCCGAAACGACCACUGACCAGGAAGAAAAAAGCAUGACGAAGAAGAUCUAGUGGCCAGGACCGAAAACCGAAAUCCAUCCCCUUCAGCUGGCUGGUCAGCUGCAAUAUAUAUUCCUCUGACCAUAUAUCAGUAAGCGCCUGCACCUCCUCACUACUCCACAUCUGCCAACGAGACAUUUUCCAACUUUUUCUUUUUUUUACCUCUGUUUCUCCUGGUUCGCGCUGUUGGCUUUGUUUUUUUUUUUUCUAUGUCACUUCUUCUCUUUGGUUCACUUCCUCUCUUUGGUUCGCUGGAUAGUCCAUUUGCAUUUCCCACUGUAAGCGAACUGCACCAGAAUUCACUUGCAAGUGAACCGAGACCCCCAGUUUUCAAGCGGACCAGGGUUCGCUCGUUUGGUCAGCACCAGAGUUUGAAUGAGCGUUCACACCACUCCAAACGAACUGAACUAUCCGUGGAAGCGGACCAGGGUUUGUUUAAAGCGGACCAAAUAGCACCAGUGUGAUUGCGUCCUUUUUCAGGGGGAACUUUUUUCAGUGCUAAUGUUUCAGUUUUCCAAAGCUAAAUUUUCAAUGCCAAAACUUACUGUCACUUCUUUUGCCCGUACGCUAACACCUGUAAAAGAAUAUUAGUAGUUCAGCCAACAGCUGUCGCCAUGGCAGUGCAGUGAAGAUGGUCACCUCUAGCUGUGAAACAUAUCACUCAGUAUGAGACCUUCUCCACCACAGUGUACAGGUAACACUUUGAGAUGUAGGAGAGCAAACAUGCUCAGGCUAACAUUUAGUCUGUGUUCACUGAAACCAAACUGGGUCAGUUUGCUUCUUUGCUUCUUUGUAGAACAGAUUCUCCCUUAAAUACAUGACGAAGAAUCUUUUUAAGAAAGUGUGGUGGUAGAAAUGUGACAUGUGACAUGUGACAUGUGAAAUAUUGGCGGAGACUUCUUUUUUUUUUUUUUUUUUUUUUACAUGUAUACUCAGCACUUUACGAUGCUGUUGUUCUUUGUGACCACUUUACUCAUCGAGGGUACAGUACAGUCCCACGGGAGGUGGCGUGGGGUCGGGGGGAGGGUUCAGCUGCCUCUUCCUCAUUGUUUACAGUGAAGAAGAUACAUUUUGAUUAACAUGCUGUUACAACUAUCAACUUUUCUUUCCCAAAACCCAAUACGUUAUUUAUUCUUUUAAAAAACAGCUUAAAAAAUUUGGACAAAUGUGGAUGGAGAAAUUUUCAAUCUCAUUUCAGCUGACAGAUAAUAACUCUUAUUCAAACAGCAGAGAGACUAGAAUGUAAUAUAGUUUAUUAUUAUUAUUGUGUUUUAGUGUCAUUUUGAUGGCAUCAUUCUGCGUCAGGCACGCAUGAACUGGAAUAGUAUUCUUAACCCAGCUAGAAAAGAGCCUUUUUUAACCAGUUUUAUUAAUGUGAUGGAUUCAGUGAAUGUUGAGGAGAAACACCUGUUUGUUGGCUACAACUGUAAAUCAUACAUCAUAUCCAGGUUAAGGUAUUAACGCGCAGGAACAGAGCCCAUUUACAUGUUUUUUUGUAAAAGCAGUCGUCUGCAGUUGGCCAGUGGCCUCAGGACCAAAGUUUGACUCAGAUCUUGCUUUGCCUAAAUCCUGAUGACGGGCCAGUUUUAUGGCUGUUGACCUUUUCUCUCCUUUUUUCUUUCUAUAAUUUCAUUAUCAAGCAAGAUGUCCUGCUGCCACACUUUUCUUUCUGUUUGUUUGCUGUGUUAAAAAAAAGAAAAACAUGUUUGUGUCAUGUUUAGUUUGACUGUAAGUGUAUGCAUGAACAAGGGGCUGGUCUCUGAUGAUGACAGAAUUAGCUCAGAUUUAUGCCUCAGUUGUUGUCUUGUUUUCUAUGUACAGUUUAUUAGAAACACAUAAACACCGUUACAUUUUAUACACUUAAAAGUCAGAAGCAGCCGUUGUUUUACGAUGGAGAUUAUGUAAACUUGAGUAAUGUGAUCGGAGGAACUAUGGCGUGUCAGUUUGAGCGGCUGUGAGUGGUUUUUAAAGGGACCCUACUCCUGAAGGAAACCUGACUUUGGAGAAAAGAGCUAUCUGUGAUUGGCUUUCUUCAACUUGUGAAAUAGAAGAACUAAGAUUUCCAGUGUUGAGUAUUUAUGAUUGUUUUUGUUGUUUUUUUCGUUUGUUUUACAAAGUUUAGAUCUUUUUUUUUUUUUUUUUUUUAAUCUGUGUAGUACCUGUGCUUCUUUUCGGAGAGGCAUGUUUAAUUUAUUUGUGUGUUGUUUAUUAUCUAAAUUGUUUCCCUUAAUCAUAGCCGUGUGUAGAUAUUUCGAGACUGUUCAAACUGUUUUGAUGACAGUAAUGUGAUUUGUACAGAAGGGUGAUGCAUUCACUUGAGAAAAAAAACCAAACUGCUUUGUUUUUCUGAAUUAACGAGGUCAUCUCGAUAUUUUAUAAAAACAAGAAUUUAAAGAUUAUUAUCUCAAUAAUUAAAAACAAAAGAGCAGAUUUUUUUAAUUUAUUUUUUUGGAAUUUUGAGAUACUAUUGUCAUUAAUUUAAAAAAAAACAGAAUUUACAAGAUUAUUAUCACAUUAAUUGAGAACAGUAAAAGAGCAGAUUCAUUUCCAUGUAAUUUUUUCUCGUAAUUUUGAGAUAAUAAUCUAAUUUAUUCAGGAAAAGAAAACAAGAAUUUAAGGGAUUAUUGUUUCAUCAAUCCAGAAAAACAGAAGAGCAGAUUUUUUUCCAUUUAAACUUCUCUUAUAAUUCUGACAUAAUAAUCUUGUUAAUUUAGAAAAAACAUUAUCUCAUAAAUUCAGGGGAAAAAAACAAAAGAGCAGAUUUUUUCCAUUUAUUCAUUCUGAUAUAAAACUUGGUUAAUUAAAAAAACAAGAAUAUGAGAUUAUUAUGUUAUUAUUAUUAUUAGUAUUAUUAUUUUUAAAAAAAAAAAAAAAAAAAAAUUCAGAUUUUUUUCCCCAUAUAAAUUUUUCCUCAUUAUUCUGGGAUGAUAUCUCAUUAAUUUAGAAAAAACAAGAAUUUACAAGAUUAUUAUCUCAUUAAUUCAGAAAAAAAAUGAAAGAGCAGAGCAAAAAAACAAGAAUUUAUGAGAUUAUUGUCUUUAAAAAAAACCCCCGAAAGAUUCUCAUUAUUCUGGGAUAAUAAUCUUGCUAAUUCAGAAAAACAGGGCAAAUACUUUUUUUCCUCAAGUGAAUACAUGUCACUCCCGUAUAUUUGGCCCCCCACACCUGCUGAUACUAUAAGUGGCACCUUGUGAUGAUGCCUUUAAACGAGAUAAAGUAAAGUGCUUUGUACACUGUGUACAUUCCUGUGCACACUUACUCUUUUUUGUUUUGAUUUUGUAAAAAUAUACACCUUAAUGUACAUAUCAUGUGUGUGUUCAAGCCUUAUAACUGGACCGCUGGCCCUGUAGACCAAAUAGUUCAACACUUUUUAUUGUCGACAUCAGAAAUCCUUCGAAACAGGACCAAUAAAUUUCAGUAUUUUUGCUAUGAAUAUAGAACUGAAUGUGAUUAUACAGCGUGGCUGUGAACGUCUCACUGAGAUCCAGAAUGUUCUUUUUAUGCACAUGCUGGGGAGGUAAUUACUUUUUGGAAAUUACAGUUUCCUCAUUUGUGUAUUUACGAUGUAACUGGAGCCUGGAGGUGUGUAAAAGUGUGACUCAUGAUACGGUCAGUACUAACUGUAUGGAAAAGAGGGAGAUUGUUGAUAAAAGUUCUCAUAUUUCUUCAAGAUGCUACAGAGUCUAAAUCUCUCCAUUUCCUGCAAUAGAACAAGUGGUUUUCUUUUAACAUUAUCUGUACAUUUAAUACCAACAGAUUCAAUCUGCUAUCAAAGGUGUUCAAACUGUUAUUUCCCCCAAAAUGUCACUUUAGACACCAGUAGAUAUUGACCAUGUGCCUUGAGGAGAUCUUAUCGUAGCGACCAGAUUGAUGUUUUACCAUUGUUGCCUGUUUGACACCGCACUGGUUCUGCUGGUGACGAUUAGCCCUCAUUAACUAGAAUGUUUUAAGCCAUAAGACUUUAAAUGUACUUUAAAUGCCCGACAACAGUGACCAGAUGAACGUGGUUGUGGUUGAUAAAUGUGUUGUGCAAUUUCUGUCAUGCAUCUAACUUGUUUGUACUGAAGUAUCCAUUGCAUUUAUGUUCUACGACGUAGAUGCAGACAAAUUUCCCUCAAACUGCUAUGCAGCUAAUAUACUGUAAAUGUAGAUCUGUUAGUUUUUGAAUAUAUAUUUUUCUAAAUAGUAUCUCCCGUUUUCAGCAUAAAGGAGAAACCAAAGUAGAUGUUCUUUCUAUUAUUUAUGUUGCUUGUCGAAAUAUUUUCUUUGACGCUUUGAGUGCCGCCUGAAACUGAUUAUAAAUCUUUUUAGUUGAUUAAAUGCAAAUUUCUUUUCUAAACAACCAUCUCAGUCUUGCUUGUAGGGUUUAUGUGGAUCCAGGCUUAUUGUUUACUGGUGCAGUGGUUCCUAAUCUUUCAGAUUUCUCUCAGGGCCUCUGAGUUACCUGGAUGUCAUGACGUUCUCACAUAUAUAGAUGUUAUCUUGGAACAAUGUGAAUUACAAAAUUCUGCAAACAUCAAUUUUUCAUGUAAUGUGUCCCUGCUUUCUUGAGUCUGGUAUCGUUAUUCUUCUGUAACAUCUUUAAAGUUUCACUUUACUCCCAACACAAGUGAACCACUCUUCUGGUAAACAGCCUAUUUAUGGUUCUAACCUUUUUGUUUCUAACCAUGUGAACAACAAUAAUCACAAUAAUCACACUUGGGAAAAAAAAGACUUUCUUUGUAUUUUGCUUUUGUUGGGAUGUUUUUAUUCUCUUGCAGUUAAAUUUCUGUAAACUUGCUGCUAUCUAUAUUAAACAUAUAUACUUUAAA